AUGAAUUCUUUCAAAAUCAUAAUAGUAGCUGCUCUGCUGGGGCUUUCGACCGCCCGAGAGACCUACGAUUACGUUAUUGUCGGAGGCGGCAUUUCUGGCCUAGUGGUUGCGAACCGCCUUUCCGAAAACCAGAAGAAGACAGUCUUACUUAUAGAAGCCGGUGGCGCAGAUGACAAUCCAAAUAUUCGCAUUCCCCGUGGCGCCACUUAUGCACUCAAUGAGUCUCUUUUAUGGCCCGACUAUGUAUCCCAACCUGAGCCAUUUCUCGGAAACAAUUCAUGGAAGGCUCGUGUAGCGCAUGUUCUCGGCGGAGGUUCUAUUGUAAACGGAAUGAUGUAUGACCGUGGGUCUGCUGCCGACUACGAUGCCUGGGAGGCAUUGGGUAACAAGGGUUGGGGUUGGAAAGGGUUGUAUCCAUUCUUCAAGAAAGGAACAGAAUUCGUUCCUCCACCCGCGGAGACCAUCAAGAAGUUCGGAAUUACUUGGGAUCCCGAAGCUUACGGAACCGGUCCAUUGAAACUUGGAGUCUCGGACACACAGUACUCCGAUAUCCUCGAUUACUUCAAGGCGUUUGAAGGUACUGGUGGUGCACAUAAGGCUCUCGAUGCCAACAACGGAGAGGCCUACGGUACCUCAUGGUACCCAAACACGAUGAACCCAAGAACUGGCGAAAGAUCGCAUGCUCGAAACUCCUACUAUGGCCCUGUGAUGAGCCGUACGAACUUGAAGGUUGUACUGGGAACUGUUGCGACUGAGCUGGAGUUCUAUGACGGUGGGAAGCUCGAAGCAAAGGGCGUCAAAACCAUCGAGACAAAAACCGGCUCAUCUAAAACCUAUUACGCAAGGAAGGAGGUUAUACUGGCCGCUGGUGCAAUUAAUACACCCAAAUUUCUUCAAGCCAGUGGCAUUGGACCAAAAUCUGUUCUGGAAGCUGCAGGAAUCCCCGUGCGGCUUGAGCAUGAUGGUGUUGGUGCAAACUUCCAAGACCAUCCUUACACCAGUAUUGCGUUCAACAUCACAAACAUCAGUACGCCAAACGGGAGAUCCUUGGACACGGACCCAGCAUACAAUGCUUCCGCCUGGCAGCAGUACUUUGCAAACAAAACUGGUCCCAUUACCCUAGCUCGUGGUAACGCGCUAGCUAUGAUACCACUCCCUGUUGUCGACCCGGAAAACUAUGGCAGUAUUGCGGACCGGGUACUGGGACUGAAGGAUGACGCUUAUUUGCCUUCCAUCUACAAGAACAGCAAAAAGCUACUCAACGGCGUCAAAGCACAGCGUAAAGUUCUUGCAGAUCUUUUCCGAAACAAUAAAGCUGCUAUCGUAGAACUCCCCAUACCAGAUGCCGGUGCAUUCAUGCUUGUCGGCUUGGAGAAGCCAGUGUCACGCGGCAGCAUUACGAUCAACCCCAAGAACCCACAAGGGCCGCCACAGGUCUUCUGGAACACGCUCAGCAAUCCGAUUGACAAAACUCUCUUUGGUUCGUCUAUUCGCUACCUCCGUAAGGUCUGGGCUGGUCCAGAACUAGCAAAGUACACGCCAGUUGAAACGUCCCCUGGCGCACAGUACAAGACUGAUGAUGAGAUCAUUGAUAUUUUGGUCGGAAAUAACGCCAUCCUACCUUCACUGGCACAUCCUUCUUGCAGUUGCCCUAUGAUGCCGGAAGAUAUGGGUGGUUGCGUAUCGGACAAACUCGCCUUUUACGGAGUCAAGCAUCUGUCUAUUGUCGAUGCCUCCAUCAUGCCUCUGAUUCCCUCACAACAUCUCCAAGCGACUGUGUAUGCUGUCGCUGAGAAAGCUGCUGAUAUCAUCAUCAACAGAGGUUAA